AUGAAGGUGGCAUGGUUACGCGUGGACACCCAAACCAUUCUAACCAUAGGUCCGCAUGUGAUAACAAAGAACCAUCGGGUGAGCGUGACCCGCGGGGACCCCCAGGCGUGGGCCCUCACUCUCAGAGACGUGCGGCUCUCAGACGGGGGCCACUACAUGUGCCAAAUUAAUACCGAGCCAAUGAUCACGCAAACGCACCACCUACAAGUUUAUGUUCCACCAGACAUUACCAGCAGUAGCAGCGAGGUGAUGGUGCGGGAAGGAGACAACGUCACUCUACACUGUGCCACCUCUGGCACUCCUCCUCCCACCAUCACCUGGAGGAGAGAAGACUCAGCACAAAUCCGAGUUGGACUUCAGAAUGUGAGCAAAUGGAGCGGUGUUUGGUUGAAUAUGACCGACGUCCGCCCUGAACUGAACGGGGCCUUUCUAUGUAUCGCCACCAAUGGCGUGCCGCCGUCCGUUAGCAAGAGGAUACUGCUGCACGUCCUAUGUAAACCGUCCGUUCGGGCCACACACAAGAUGAUCGGUGGCUACCUUGGGGAUCCUGUAGUUUUACGCUGCACGAUGGAAUCGAAUCCUCCGCCCGCGGUCUUCUGGACACAUAUUGAUGGCAAAAGACUUCAAAACGGUACAAAGUACCAGGCAAGCAUGACGUCGCAAGGAUACAAGCACACUGCAGCGCUGCGGAUAUGGAACGUGUCUCGGGAGGACAUCGGGGCCUACCACUGCAAUGCUGACAACCCGCUCGGCAGCGCUAGAGACGACAUCACACUUUACACCCUUGUUACGACGACUUCGACAACCACAACGAUAGCGACGGAGCCCACGACGAGUGAAACGACAGUCGCCACAACGCUGCCAUACGUGGAGCUAGAGCUAAAUGAAGAAGAGCCGGAGCCAUUCUCGGAUGACGUCGUGGUGGUACUCAGCCAACAACAAAUGCAGAAUUUGGAUCUUUCACCGAGUUCGUGACCAGAGAGCGGAGACCACUGGUCCAUGUGGUCUGCCGGGCAUCGAACCUCGUCUUCAGUGCUCUGCGUUUGCUUUGUUACGGCUUUCCAAAGUCUGUGAAGUGCAAAAACUAUGAACACGCUGUAUAUUCAUCAUUAUGGAUAUUUUGUUACAAUUUUUUAACAAACUCAGUGGCCAAAGAAUAGACCGUCAUUAAAAUUGUAAUU